AUGGCGGAGGAGCCAUCAUCUAUGCCCGCCGAGAAGGAGGCGGCUGAGUCGGUCGAGGCUCCUGCAGCGCCCGAGGCGCCACCAGCCCCCGCCGACUCAGCAGAAGCCCCUGCGCCCACCGAGCCGACAUCGGAGGAGCCCAAGCCAUACCAGGUCUCACGUGACGUGGAUGGCACCCUGCGCCGCACGGACCCGGACACAGGGGAUGUGGAGCUCUACACCAGCAUCGAGGGCAUUCUCAAGGCCGUGCCUUCCCUCAACUGGGACCUGGCAGCGGCCUGGAGUCGGCUGCCCAUCGUGCGGGUGCAUCUUUUCAUCGACCGCAGCAGCUACGAACGCGCGGGGGUGGCCCGGUCCUAUGCCAGCAAGGACUUCCAGCCCGAAGGGGUUGACUUGAUCUCCGCCAUCACAUGGUGGCGCCGCCGUGUGCGAGAGGAGGGGAAAGGCUUCGCUGUCUUUGAAGGUGGCUUCGACUCUUCUGGGGCCUGCGUCACGGGUCCUCCAUACUUCAAGCUGGACGGAUCAAAUGGCAGCGUGGACGCGGACGACAUGGACGCCAUCCAAAGGAAGCGCGAGAUCCAUGAGAAGCGGCGGAAGCUCGAGCAAAGGUGGGCUGCCAAAGGCACCACUGAUGCUGUGCUGCUGAAGAUCAAACAGGCAGACGCGCAUCGUCUCCAUCGCAAGGCGCAGGGAGAAGAAUAUCACUACCGCAAGGGCUGGGUCUCCACCCUGGCAGCACAGGCCACGCCCCGCUCCCCGCGGCAGCGCGGGGGCCUGAAGUUGCCAGCCUUGCGAUAG